AUGCUUCGAUCAUCGCAAGCAGCUCUCAAACCCAGAUUUGCCAUUGCACGUCUGGGCAGCACCGCUAUCGUCAGUGCCGUCCUGGCAGCUCGAUGGAGCCCCGCGGCUCGACAGCUGCACACGUCGUACCCGGCCGCAUCCCCUGUCCUUACUCGCGCCCAACCUCAUCUGCCCGCUAGCCUCGAGCACCACCGCAACGCCUCCACUGUCACCAACCCUGCGGAAGCGACCACGCUCAAGCCGCUCCCCGCCAAGAUCCUCAUCGCAAACCGCGGCGAGAUCGCAUGCCGCAUCAUCCGCACCUGUCGCCGACUGGGCAUCUCGACCGUCGCCGUCUUCUCCGAGGCAGACGCCGCGUCGCAGCACGUCAAGCUGGCCGACGAAGCGUACUGCAUCGGACCCGCCGCUUCGUCUGAGUCCUAUCUGCGACAGGACAAGAUCCUGGACGUGGCGACGAGGACGGGAGCGACGAUGAUCCACCCAGGCUACGGCUUCCUCAGUGAAAACGCGGGCUUUGCGAAGCUCCUGGAGGAGAGCAACGUGACGUUCAUGGGUCCGCCAGCCAGUGCGAUCGAUGCGAUGGGCAGCAAGUCCGCCUCGAAAGAAAUCAUGCUUGCUGCAGGCGUACCCUGCGUUCCUGGCUACCAUGGGGCUGAACAGGACCCCGACUUCCUCGCCAAAGAGGCGGACAAGAUUGGCUACCCUGUCCUCAUCAAGGCUGUCAAAGGCGGUGGUGGUAAAGGCAUGAAGAUCGCCGACACGCCCGGAGACUUUGCGGAUGCACUCUCCUCGGCUCAGCGUGAAGCGGAAAAGUCGUUCGGCGACCCCACCGUUCUGAUCGAAAAGUACCUCACUGCACCACGUCACGUCGAAGUCCAAGUCUUUGCAGACAGUCACGGCAACGCAGUCUACAUCUCGGAGCGCGACUGCUCCGUCCAACGACGUCACCAAAAGAUCAUCGAAGAAGCACCCGCACCCCAUCUGCCCGACAACCUCCGCACCGAGUUGGGCGAGAAAGCCGUCGCAGCAGCCAAAGCCGUCGGCUACAUCGGCGCCGGAACGGUGGAAUUCAUCCUCGACGCCAAACGACCCGACAACUUCUACUUUAUGGAGAUGAACACGCGGUUGCAGGUGGAGCAUCCUGUGACGGAGAUGGUUUCGGGCCUGGAUCUGGUGGAGUGGCAACUCGAGGUGGCGGCUGGCAACCGACUGCCUCUGUUGCAGGACGAGCUGAAGAUCGAAGGUCACGCGUUUGAGGCUAGGAUCUACGCGGAGAAUACGGAUGCGAAUUUUUUGCCGGAUACAGGGAGGUUGGUGCACGUUGCACUGCCACCGACGACGACAGUGACGCACUCCAAUCCUGCGCUCACCUCGAGGGGCUCUGGAGAGGUGGUGAGCGGAAACAGGGCCGAGGCGGUGGUGAGGGUGGACACGGGUUUCGUUAGUGGCGACGAGAUCUCAGUGCACUACGAUCCCAUGAUCGCCAAGCUCAUCGUCAAAGGACGGGAUCGCACCGAGGCGCUGCGCAUCAUGGCCAACGCGUUGGAUCGCUACCAAGUCGUUGGGCCGAUGACCAACAUUCAGUUUUUGAAAAAUCUGGUGCGGCAUCCGAAGUUCGUCGAUGGCGAGGUGGAGACUGGGUUCAUCGGCAAGUAUGGUGAUGGGCUAUUUGGCGAUCCUCACACGUCCGAUGCUCAAUUGCGGGAGGCGGUGGCGCAGGGAGCCGUGUGGAUGUUCCAGCGCGACCUGGGGGCCAACUCCGUCGACGGAAAAGGAUCCAUUUGGACCAACACCUCCUUCCGUCCAACGCAGACGAGGUCGUUCAACCUCAACCACAAGAGCCUAGGCGAUCUCACCGCCACCGUCACCCCCUCCCCUUCCGCCGAUGAGUUCAAGGUCACCCUCACCUCCGGCACCUCCUCCACCGAUCUCACCAUCCGUCCCCUAGGAUGCACCACCAUCCCGCACGGCCUAGCACACACAACCUUCCUCCCCACCGGCACAUCCACCACCUUCACGCUCACCCCGCCCACCUGGUUCGCCAAGAUCUCCGACACCCCCGAUGGCGCCUCCACCGACGCCCUCGCCUCGCCCAUGCCCAGCAAGAUCGUCGAUUGCAAAGUCCAACCCGGCCAGAAGGUGCGCAAGGGCGAGACGGUGGUCAUUCUGGAAGCCAUGAAGACUGAAAUUAGUCUCAAGGCGAAUCGGGAUGCGGUGGUGGAGAGUGUCAGUGGCAAGUGCAAGGCUGGCGCGCUGGUCGCGGAAGGGACCGUGUUGGUGAGGUUCCAGGCGGAACAGGACAAGUAG